AAGACCCUGGGAGCCGGGAGCUGCACUUGCCCCCAGGCUCGGCGUUUGUCCCCGGCGCUUGGUCUAGGUGCAACGCUGCUGGGAAAGGGGGAGAAGGCAGGCAGCCCCUGAGUGCAAAUUCCUCCGCGCAGCGCGCCAUUGACUGGCCUGAGCAACUUAUUUAAGGCUGGAAAUUGACACACGGGGGCUUUUUCUUCUCGCCUCUCCUCGUUCUGCUAAGGGAGCUGGUCGUGCGACGGGCUGUGGAGCAGGGAUGCCUUCCAGGUGACCUGGUGCAAGGAGCUGCUGGGUCACCUGGCUGCAGAUCUCUGGGGCAGGGGGAGCAGCCUGGGCAGAAAAGUGCCUUCCCCUGCUGCAAACUUCCCGGCCGGCGGCUUUCGUGGCUCUCCCCCCCCCCCUCCCUUCCUUUCCCCCCGGCUCGGGGCCGGCGGAGCAUGGAGAGGUACGAGCAGGACAUUGCCCGAGCCAGCAAGUUCAUGGAAGAUCUGUCUCUCUACGAGCCCUGCCAGGACGGGCUGUACAGCGGCCGGGGCUGCAGCGGCAGCCGGAGGGAGCUGCUGGAAGACGCCCAACGGGCCAUCGCGGAGCCGAGAGGCAAGAAAAUGAAUGGCACCGUGGCCCCCCCGCAGCACGCGGCCCCCCCGGGGGACGCCCACCCCGCCGCCGCCUCCGGCAAAGUGUACCAGGCUGCGGCCGCCCCCCAGCCCCGCUCGCUGAACGGCGGCGGCAGCCGGGGGGGCGGCCCGGAGCCGGGCUGCUGCGAGGAAGGGCUCUGCACCCGCUCCGAGGUGGCGCUGCCCUGCUACGGCGGCUUCGCGGACAAGGGCAGGCGCUAUUCCUCCGAGAGCGCCCGGCACAGCGCCGGCAGCGCCUACGAGGGCGUCUACGUGCCCAAGCCGGGCGGCUCCUACCCCGGCCCGCCGGGCAGCCGAGCCCACGCCGGGCCCGAGGGCAGAUACAACGCGGCCAGCCCCCGGGCCAGCCUGGCCGCCUCCUGCCAGGAGCAGCUCAGCCGCUUCUCCAGCCCCCGCUCCAGCCUGGGCAGCAGCGGCGCCCCGGGCUACGAGAAAUACAGCAGCCCGCGGGCCAGCCUGGUGGUGCCCGGGCAGGAGAAAUACAGCAGCCCGCGGGCCAGCCUGGUGCAGUACGAAGGCGGCGCGCUGAGCCCCAGGUCGAGCUACGCCAGCACGGCCAGUGACACCAGCAAACACUCCAGCCCCCGGGCCAGCCUGACCAGCUACGACUGCGGGAGCAAGCCCAGCAGCAACCGCACCAGCGGCAUCAGCAUGGGCUACGACCAGCGGCACGUCAGCCCCCGCUCCAGCACCGCCAGCCCCCGCUCCAGCUACUCGGACUCCCGCUACGGCCCGCCGGGGAAUCCCGAGCUGGAUGGGGCUGCCGGGCCGGGGCUCCCCAUGGUCAGCCCCAGGUCCAGCCUUUGCAGCCAGGAUGGUCGGACAGGGGCGGUGGGGAACUGCAACCCGUCCGUGGUCAGCCCCAGGUCGAGCAUCUCCAGCCAUAGCUCCAGAAGCUCCAGAGGCUCCAUGAGCGCGUACCCGGAGCUCCAGCUGCCUUCGCCCCGCUCUUCCAUGCUGGGGCCAAGUUUACAGGAGGAAAAUCCCACGCAGGAGCAUGGAGAUGCUUAUCCCAGGCACGAGCAGCAGCAGCAGCAUCCCGCUGCCUCCAACCCUGACUCGGCUUCAGGGGCGUUAGCAUCCUACACCUACAGCCCCACCAAAGGGUCCGCUUCAGCUCCCAAAUUCAAGCUUCCGUAUCAGGUCACCCCGUCCAGGGAGAGUGGACCCAGCCAGGCAGAGAGGAGGUUGGAAGCGUUGACGCUGGAGCUGGAGAAGGAGUUAGAGAUGCACAUGAAGAAGGAAUAUUUUGGUAUUUGUAUAAAGUGUGGAAAGGGCGUAUAUGGAGCGAGCCAGGCUUGCCAAGCAAUGGGUAACCUCUACCAUACCAACUGCUUCACGUGCUGCUCCUGUGGGAGAAGACUGCGAGGAAAAGCCUUCUACAAUGUCAAUGGUAAAGUGUACUGUGAAGAAGACUUCCUAUAUUCAGGCUUUCAACAAACAGCAGACAAGUGUUUUGUUUGUGGACACCUCAUAAUGGAAAUGAUCUUACAGGCUCUUGGAAAGUCAUACCAUCCUGGCUGUUUCCGCUGCGUGGUCUGCAAUGAAUGUUUGGAUGGAGUCCCCUUCACUGUAGACGUGGAGAACAAUAUUUACUGUGUCAAAGACUAUCACACUGUUUUUGCACCAAAAUGCGCUUCCUGUAACCAGCCAAUUCUACCAGCACAGGGCUCCGAGGAGACCAUUCGAGUGGUGUCAAUGGACAGAGAUUACCAUGUGGAAUGUUAUCACUGCGAGGACUGCGGUCUCCAGCUCAACGAUGAAGAAGGCCAUCGUUGCUAUCCUUUAGAGGGCCACCUACUCUGUCAUGGCUGUCAUAUUAGGCGCCUCAAUAUCAAAGUGCCACCACAUCCACCUCCAAGCUACCCAAUGCAUGUUACAGAACUCUGAAAGACACUUUCUAUAGCAAUGAAUCGUUAGAGAGAAGAUGAAAACUAAAAAUGACUUUCCAGUUUUUAAAGAUGAAAUUCCUCUAAUAACCCUCUAAACCAGCUAAGUUAUUUAUUUUUUUUAAAUCGUAUGUCAGAGGGCCUCUGUGAUCAUGUCCAUGUUUCCAUUUACCUUCAGCAUUUUCACUGACACACCACUUACUUGAAAAAAAAAAUGCACCACUGAACUAACUGUAAGCAGCAGCAUUUCCCAGUACAGUGGUACGAAAGGCUCUGUUCUAUACUCCUUGUUUGCUUCAUUCUAGUGGGUGUUUUGCCUGAGCAAGAAGUGUAGAAUUAAUCCCCCCAAGUUAGCAACCUACAUAUCACAACAAGCGUGAUAAGCUAAAUACUAGCAUUUUAGCUAGUCCCAUUGCAUCCUAGUCUUAGAGAAUAAACAUUCUCACAUUUCUGGAAUACUUAGAUUCCCAGCAGUAGUUCAUAGGAAGCAAAGUAAAUAUAUUUUUAGUAACAAAAAUCUUCAAACAUGGGUUAAAUUGGUGGUAUUCACACCUAGGAAAGGCGUCAGGCCAGUGUCUUUUCCAUUCUAUUUGCUAUCACAGUGAUCCAACAGAGUAUUUAGCCUGCUGCAGAAACAUGGCAGGUGUCUUCUAUAGGAAGCACAUUACAGAAGAAUGUGUCCAUUCGCAAAGUUAAGAUUCUGUCAUAAAGGGUUAUUGCAUAUGAAGAAAAUUCUGGCUCUCCAUAAUAACUUGCCACUUACAUGCUUGGUUUUUUAUAGCUUGUAGUGGCACGAGACCAACCACAGCUUUAAAAGCAUUUGUCAUGUUCUUCUGGCGAUUUGGCACUUACUAAGCAAUCCAUUUUUUAAACCUGUUUUUGUCACUAGGUUUAGCAGCCCUUUUGGCUCUGCAAGGAGACACUUUAUGUCUCAAUCCUACUUGUUUUAUACAAGACUUCAUUUGUUACAAACUGCUUUGCAAUUUUUUGUCGUUACAUUUUAAAAAUUGGCAGCAGUUUUGUCAUCUUUUCAGUUUGAUGUGUUCUUUUCCAGAUGUAAUUUUCAAUGAUUACAGUGAUCAUCUUCAUUUAAAAACCAAGCAUGAUUUAGCAGAAAUAAUAAUUUAGAGUUUCAGACAAUUGAAACAGAAAUUGGUAUUUUAUAACAAGUAUUAGAUGUACAUAGAAUGUACACACUUUCAUCUUUUGCAUAAGCUUUUACAAUAACCUCAGAACUCUGGGGUAAUAUAUAUCUUCCAUAUAGGAAGUUAGAUUAAUCUUUUUUAAUGUUUGUUUCUACUGUGCGUUGAUGAUUUACAUGCAAUCACAUGUCUGUAUGUUUAAAUAACAAUUCCAUGUAUUCUCAUGAGAAUUGACCUACCCUUCCUGAAAUUAUUUUAUAGUUUGAAAUAUGGCCAUCGCACCCUUCCUCAGAUAUAUUUAAAAGACAAAAUUAUUUGACUGUGAAUUAGGUGGAAAUAUCAGGCAAGAUUCUCAACAUGUGUAAAUUAAAAGAACCGCAGUGACUUCAACGAAGUUGUACAGAUUUACACCACCUAAGAAUCUGGCCCAUCAGUUUUAAGAUUGUCAUAUGUUAAGUUUCAUCAAACUACUUAAGGAAAUAGCUAUUUGGCAACACCAUUGAAGUGUAGUACAUAGAGACUCCAUUGAUGCAAUAAGGUAAUUCAGGAUAUGGUUGGAAAGCACAAGGAGCAACCAAUGGGCUCUGAUUCCGGAAUAGAAUAAUUAACUCAUAAGAUUCUCACUCCUUUUAUAGAGCUUUGAUAUUCCAAAAUAUCGUUAUGGUAAAAAAAAUACAUUCAUUGAUGAUGGGAAGAGAUGAAUGCAACAGUUCAGAAACUGCUACUGAAUUGUCUGGUUGGCAGAGAUUAAUCUGCCCUACUGGAUGCUCCUCAGUAAGUCCAAUGUGCCUUUAACCAGUCAUUUUAUAAUUAAUAGCUGGCUUAGUUAAUGUGAAAGCCAUGUUUUGGAGCACUGCCAAUGCUACAAAUAACCUCUUCUUACAGUGGUUGAUACAAUGGUUCUGAUUUUUAGGAAAAUGAGAACAGAGGCCCAUGUACAGCUUUGUGUGCACAGUUACUAUGAGUGCACACACAAAGAUGACCUGCAAAUACAUGCUUGGGCCUCUCAUUCCUAAAACCUAAGCAGUAAAAAUUAACCACCUCACAAAUCUGACUUUAUCCAAGUAACUCAAGGAAUUUGCCUAGUAAUGAAAGUAUCAAAUUGAGGGUGUCAAAGCUUAAAGGUAAAUAUUUUGUAUUAGUCACAGCAUAAUACUUUUCCAAAACAGCUUUGGGCUUCAAGGCAUUGUAUUAGCAUGCGUUAUUGUUAAAAAUAUAUGUAUAAACCCCCCACAUUAAGAAACAAAUAUUAAAACAUACAGAAGAUUUGGCUCUGUUCACCCAGAACAGUGCUUUCUACUGAAAAGUGCAUUUGCUCCAGGUGACUGGGAGCUAGAACUUCAUAGAACCAUAGAAAAGAGAUGAGAGACCAAACAAGGUCAUUUAGACCAUCCUUCUGCCAGUGUAUUAACUAGUGUUAGAUCGAUUUAAGUUUGUAAGUUUUCACUCCUGCGUUGCUUUUCAGUGGACAGCACUAUCUAACCUGUACAUACAAUUCUUCUUCGAAAACUAUCAACCUUUAGAACAGAAUAAUACUGAAUUUCACAUGUUACUUUUUCAGUUCUUUCUAGUAGUUCUACUCAGUUCCAAUAUGUGUUAAGUAUCUUCAUGGUAAAAUGUUUGAAAAAUUAUGUUUCAGUAUAGAAGGAGCAGUUUGUUUAAAACCAGAAAGCAGCAGUUGUUGUUCCAGUAUUUUCUCUAGACAGGGGCAUUCUAUUAAAACACCAUAAAUUACAACUGGCUUUGAGAGAGAUGAGGUGAGGGAGGUGGUAAUAUUGUUGAUUGAACCAACUUUUGGUGGUGAAAGAGACAAGCUUUCAAGCUACACAAAACUCUUCUUCAGGUCAGCUGGCGUUUACACCAUUAAUAUGAGAGCUGGAGCAUGGUUGGUAUAAUUCGCCUAUUAUUAUUAUUAUUAAGGAAGAAUAAGGGGAAACUAUAAGCAAAUCUAAAGUGACACGCUGUACAAUCUAGUAUUAAUGACAGUUCCUGUGCAUUUUACCUCCUGUCUGGGGAGUUGUAUAAAUGAAAGCAUCUAAUGCUUUGCUUAAGGAGUAUUCUUAUGUCAGUCAGUUCAACACAGAUGUACACUUCCUAGUAUUCAUUUUAUAACAUGAUUAUUUAUUGGAAACCUUCUCUGUGUGCUGUACUUUCAGAAUAGUUCCAUAAAGUUUCAGCAUUUUACAACUUGUUCUCAUUUGUAUCAUGAGAACUCAGGAAUAAACCUUUCAUAUUUCAUUUUUGUGGAAGAUUUCUACAGUGUCCCAAAAGGAUGUCACCAUAUUAGGAGAUUCACAGAGUCCCUCGUGCACUGGAAGACACGUUCCAAAGAAAUGACCAAAAUGAUAAUUUUUUGGGGGGGGAGGAAAUCUCAGAUAUUUGAGCUUUCAAAAAUGGGGUUUUGUAUAUUUUGUAAAGUGGGGCUUCAAAAGUAACGUCUGGAUGGAGGAGUUCUUUAGGACAAGAAAUUCCAGAACAGUUGAGUAAACCAAAGCUCUAAAGGAGGCACACAAAAGCUGCUUUCUUGUGUUUCAAGAAAAGUUUCAAAGUUUGAUUCAUUCUGCAACUAAUGCCAUAACUAGAAUAUAUAAUUUGACUUAAAUUAAGUUUUAAAUUAAGUUGAGAAAUAUUUUCAUUUUCUUUAAAAGAAUAUAGUUUCUUCCAAGAACUUGGACCAACGUUGAUUUUUAUUUUGUAGGAAAUAUAUAAAUGCCCGGUUUGUAUAUCAUGUAACUAGUUUACAUGCUGCAAAUAUACAUUAGUUUAACUAUUUUUGUAUAUAUCCUUGUAAAACUUCUAAAUGUGCUUCUUUGUCUUUUAGUCCCUAGACUGACUUGUGGUUUUUAUGUUUCAGUGUUUGAUUCCCUUGAUUGUUGAAGAAAAAAGAUUGGGAAAUGUAGAUUUAUUUAUCUAAAGAAGAAGCUACUUGCUAUCAUCCUAAAUUAUUUAAUAUUAAAAGUCAGAAGUUUCAUUUAACCUUAGAUGU